UUUAUUAGUUACUUCAGAGCAAAUAGUCAAAGAAAGAUGUGGUCAAGACGAAAUGUGCUGUUCAUAUUAACAAUAGGAAUAUUAUGUCUAAAUGAAAUAGUAAAAUCAGAGAACCAACGUGUAAGAAAAUUUAAACGAUUUUUUGUGGAUGAACGAGCUAAAAAAAAAGAAGGGAACGGUCGGUUAAUUUCUGGUGAGAAAAGGCUGCGUAACUUUGUUGGGAAAAGAUUGCGUAAUUUUGUGGGUAAACGUUACAGUGAUGAACCUGAUUUUGAAUCUUUUCGUGAUAAAAAAACAAGAAUCGUGCAGAAGGAAAAAAAUGACUUUCCCUAUACAGAACCAGACACGAAUAAACCGUUUAUAACUUUUAUUCGAAAACGCUUGCGAAAUUUUGUUGGAAAGCGUGAUGUAGUUCAAAGCAGUAAAAAUGACAUUUUACGAAAUGUCAUUAGAAAACGCUUAAGAAAUUUUGUAGGAAAACGAGAAGAAAGUUAUGGCAGGGGUCAGCAUUUUGUCAAUCCACAAAACAUGAUUGCUAAUGUAGACAGAAAACGUUUGAGGAAUUUCAUUGGAAAACGACACCACAGUAGUAACAUAUUUAAUAGUUUUGUUCGAAAACAUGGGUUGAAGUUUGUUAAGGAACAGAAACACAACGAAAUUCUCGAUAAACAAAUAUCCACCCAAAAUGAGGAAGAGGUAAAGAAAAGACUUCGCAAUUUUAUUGGUAAGCGAGGGUUCGGGAUUCGUGUGACUGAUUUAAAUGAAGAUAAGCAUUUGCAAAAUGUAAUGACGAAACGUCUUGUCAAAUUUUUAUUUGAACACCCACGCAGCAGACGUGAUGUCCAUGUAGGAAACAGAUUUGGCAUGGUUGUUGGAAAACAAGGCAAUAAGGGGGAAAAUGAAAACAAUGAAAAAGAAGAUAAACGAAUAUCUAGUCCACAACCAGAUCACAUGUCGAAAUUACAACACAGACGAAGAAAGAGAUCUUUAUUUCAAUACUCUAAACAAGAAGUGGUUGUACCAAGCAAAGGAUGGUGUAAUACCUAUGGUGACCGAUACGUGAAAAAUAACUGGCAUGAAAUUCAACGACAGAAAUUACAAACACGGAUCAUGGGCAACAAACAUCAGUUAAAUCAGAAGCGAAUUAGAAAUUUGGUAGGCAAAAGACUGAGGAAUACUGUUGAUAAGAGGAUGGUGUCAUUUUCUCCUGAAAAGAUAUCCGAGAAUAAAUCAUGGCGACAUGGUUACUUUUUCGAUAAACGAUCUGUGCGACGGGGAGACUCGAUGGAAUACUUGGAUAGGCCGGUCACAUAUAACAGCGACUACCCAGCAGUUACAAAACGUCUUCGAGAUUUCCUUGGAAAAAGACGUCAAAGCACUUUAGAUAAGAACGGCAAAAUAGCUAUACACCCCAGCAGUAUGCAGCAGUCGAGUAAUAAUAAAAGUGGUCAAACAAAAUUAACUGAUCUGAUAAUUAAGCGGUUUGCAAGAGCUGUAUCUUCGCAGAUAUUUCCGGUUAUACAUAACAAUAAAAGACUUCGAGAAUUUAUCGGGAAGUGAUUGUUUCUCAAAAAUACAUGUUAUAUGAUACGAUAAAGAUUCUUUUAUGUGAAAAUAUGGAAUUAUUAUAUAUAUACGUAUUGUUACAAGUGGUCGGCGUGUGAGUAAAAUACUGAG